UCAUUCCUCUCCAUUUAACCAACCAAUUAUUUGGCUCUCGUCAACGACGUCUCCUCCUUCUCUCUUCAAUAAAACACUACGUACUGUCGUCUCAACAAUAAUAAUAAUUAUUAUUAUUAUUAUCAGCAAAUUUGGCAGUUCGUACGUACGUUCCGACAGUUCUGAGAGAAAACCCUAAAUUAAUUUCAUGGAAGUGAUUAUCCAAGGAUUGAUUGUAAUAUCUCUAUCCGUGACCGUUGGAUCAAAUCUCGGAUACGCUGAAGAUUUUCCUAAUUUCCUCCUCCAUGGCCACAACUCUUCUCUGGUGGAGAUCGUGAAGGCUCUGGCGACCUCGCCGGAGACGGCGGAGUGGAUGGUGGCGACGCGGCGGCAGAUCCACCGGAAUCCGGAGCUCGCGUUCGAGGAGUUCGCCACGAGUUCGCUCAUCAGGGCCGAGUUGGACCGGAUGGGAAUCGAGUACCGCUGGCCGGUGGCGCGGACCGGAGUCGUGGCCACCGUCGGAACCGGUUCGCCGCCGUUCGUGGCGCUCCGGGCGGACAUGGACGCCCUCCCGAUUCAGGAGCUGAGGGAAUGGGAACACAAGAGCCAGGUGGCAGGUAAAAUGCACGCCUGUGGACACGACGCCCACAUUGCGAUGCUUUUGGGGGCUGCAAGAAUCUUACAGCACCUCCGUACACACUUGCAGGGGAGUGUGAUUCUGAUAUUCCAACCAGCAGAGGAAAACGGGGAGGGAGCCAAAGACAUGAUGGAGGAGGGUGUCCUUGAAAACGUCACUGCAAUAUUCGGACUUCACACUGUCCAUAGAUAUCCAAGCGGCACCGUGGCAUCCCGACCGGGGAAGUUCCUCGCCGGCUGCGGCAGCUUCAAGGCGGUGCUCCGGGGGAAAUCCGGCCACGCCGCCGCGCCGCACUCCUCCGUCGACCCAAUCUUGGCCGCCGCCGCCGCCGUUAUCAGUCUUCAGAAUAUUGUCUCUAGGGAGACCGACCCUCUUGAUUCCCAGGUGGUGUCUGUGACGAUGGUCGAGGGUGGAAGCGCAUUAAAUGCGAUACCUGAGACAGCUACCAUAGCCGGGACGUUUAGAUCUUUUGAAAGAACCGGUUUUUAUGCAUUAAGACACAGAAUCCAAGAGGUGAUCAAAGCGCAGGCGGCGGUGCACCGGUGCGGCGCGACGGUGGAGUUCGAGGGGAGAGAGCAUCCGACGCUGCCGCCGACGAUAAACGACGGCGGCGUGUACUCGCACGCGCGGCGGGUGUCGGAGAUGGUGGUGGGCGAGCGGCGGACGGUGGUGGCGCCGACGUUCAUGGGGAGUGAAGAUUUCGCAGUGUACUUAGAAAGGGUUGCGGGGGCGUUCGUGCUGCUGGGAGUGGGAAAUGACGAAAUUGGGUCUGUGUACCCUCCCCAUAGCCCUUAUUACACCAUUGACGAGGAUGUUCUUCCCAUCGGAGCGUCCAUUCACGCCAUUUUCGCAUUUUCUUACCUCUGCAAAGAAAAUCGUCUGCACAAAAAAAACCGAUGCUGAUUCAUAAUUAAUUAUAUAUAGUAAUUAAUCGAUUAAUUGAUUUUGUGUUGUGGUCUAUCGUCUAUGAGCCACGUGUCUUAAUAUUUAAGAUUGGUAUUCAGCUUUUGUAAGUGUAUAUUUUAAGACUUCCUUCAUCGCAUAGGUAAAAAAUUUAAAUUACUCUUAUUAGGUAGUAUUGGAUGAUAUAAAGA